AUGUGCGAUUCUGCGAAAAGCGUGGUGAAGUCCAGGCCACAUGGAGAUGACGCAUCGCUUUAUAUAAACUCCGAAACCAUUUUCCCCGAUGAAACUUCCCUGACAUUUGGUUUGGAUAAGAAUUUCACAGAACCUAUCCUUACUCAACGCUCUCUUACGCCCUUGAUACCUUUUAUAAACGAAGAUGCUGAAAGCUCUGAGCUUCAAAAUGAAAGGAUAACCGCUGCGUAUGAAAGAGCGGUGGACAGCGAAGAUAUUUCCGAAACUACUGAAGAUCUUGAUUCAAGUUUGGCUGAACUAAGAAAUUUAAACGGCGAGAUCAGUCGAGAUUAUACAAAUUCCCCAACAUCAGUUUCUGUAUUGGAUAAAGUUCAAAAUCUGACAGGUGAACUUGUUUCCCAAACAUUUGGCUCGGGAUCACGAAGAAAUAUCAGCUCUCGAAUCGAAGAACUGAGUAAGUCAUUUAGUGUUUCUCAAGAAAGAGACAGAUUGUCAUCAUUUUCAUUGACAAGAAGCGUGCCAUCUUUUAAUUAUAAAUCAGCAAAUAUCGGUACUGUUAAACGGUCAUAUAGGGAACGAGAUUUGACAUCCACAUCUACCACUGUUGUCUCAGUGCCUGCUUAUGCCACUCCAAACCUUAAAUUGAACCUAGAACCUGGUCAACUUAGAACGUUAACACAAGGAGGCAUUUCUAACGCACCGCAUACUAAAAAAGAAGCAAUUGCCCCACAAGGACUUUCGUCUUUUUCUGGUAAUACAAAAGGCAAUAUUCAAAAGGAUAUUGCUUAUCAACCUACUAACUCAGCAAAGUAUGAAAGAGAGGGAAACGAUGAGACCGAGGUCUAUCCAGUUGAUUCAGAGUGUGAUUCUUUUGAUCUUAAUGUUGCGAGGACAAUGAAUGGACCUUUAGAACCUUUACUUCAGCAUGGUAAUUGUGAGACAAUUGCAUCGGAUAUAACAAUGACUAGUAUUUCCGAGGUACUGAUAAGAAAUGGUACUCGAUCCUCGAGGUAUAAAGAGGCAAGCAGCCGUUUUACUCGCACAAACCAAGGAUCCGUCAAUAUAGCCCCUAUCAAUAACAGAAGUUUGAUUUUGAAAUGGACUCUUGCUAAUGUUCUAGUUUUGUCUAUGUAUGGUGCACUCAGAAGCUACUGGGGAAAGUUAACUCUUGGGGAUAUGUAUUCGGUUGCAGGAUACCUCUUUGGACUCUGCAUUGUCGAAUUUAUUAACUUUAUUCGGACAGAAUGA